AUGACCAAUGACUCUGUGAUGCUGAGUGAUGCAGUAGCUGCAUCCGUGGCUCAAGGUAUCAUAACUCCCCGAGAUGAAAAAUUAUUGGCAGAUAGGACUGAUGCCCAAGCCAUUAAUGACUCUCUGGCAUUCAGUAUUCAGGACUGUAAGUGGCUGUCAGAUGCUUUGAAGAAAGAAUAUCCGGAGAAUGUCGAAUUAAUAGUAGAGAAGGCUGUGUUAAGAGCUGUCAAUGAAAGCAGCGAAGGAGGAGAGCAUAUUGUGCCUAGCAUUUUGAAGUUUGGUUUUGUGUUGCUAGAGUCAGCGGAAGAGGGAAGUAGUAAACAGCUGUGGAGUUCUAAUGGUCUGCUGGGCAUUGAGGACCUUGGUGUUCAGAUGCUGAAAACUUUAUUUAAGGUCCGUGAUAUGGCAAGAAAUGAGAUUAUUGAGCAAUGCAAAUUUCGCAUACUCUCUUUGAAGCCUGAGCAGAGCAUGUCACUCAUAAGACUGCUUGGUAAUCUGAUGCGGACUUAUCCUUACCCCAUGUUGGAACAUGUUUCCCACCUGAAGGAAUUGUUGGAUUAUUUCACUUUCAUGCAUGGCAAGGUUGCUGCUUCUCUUGUUAAUACUCUAUUGCUCGUCAAAUUCAGCCGUGAUCUUCAGGAUUACACCAUUUUGGUUAUGCGUAAGGCCAUGUUUAGGAGAGAAGAAACAGUUCGUAUUGCGGCAACUUCUGGCAUUAUUGAUCUUAUUUUGGCAGAAAAGCAGUCUAAGAGAGAUGGCUCAUUUUCUUUUCAAGAGUCGUCUAGCCAAGCCAGCUGCAGCCAGCAACCUGAGAUACCCUGUGGCUUGGGGCAAGGUCUCUUUGAAGAGCUGAGUGGUUUGCUGCAGAGAUGUCUUUAUCAGCAGGCAAAGGUCAAAGAAGUAAUGUAUCAUGGCCUUGUAAAGCUUGUUUUGAUGGACCCAACAAGUGCAGGUGCUGUCUUUGAUUUUCUGCUGCCUCACUUUCUUUGUUUUUUCAGGUAGCAGGAUGCAGACGUUCAACUUGAAGUUACGAGUUGCGUUAUAGCAGAGAGUGGCAAAGUCUCAAUUGAAGAGCCUUUAGAUUGUCUCCUUUCUUGUGUCUCUUGGAUUCUACUUCUUCCUGGCAAAACUGAUCGAGUUUUAGAUUCUUUAUGGGCAUGCUUGGGUUUCUCCCUUUCACAAGAGAAUGAGGUAGGAAGGAAUUUGUCUGGUGAGUCAUUCUCCAGUGCUUUCUUGAAGAUCAGGAAGUUUCUUAGAAAUCAAAACUUAGAAGGUGUUCUUGGUCAAGCUCAGGAUGCUGGCUCUGAACCUUUUGGAGAAGAGAAAAGAAAAUGCUGUUCUUCAAUAUUAUUAGGAAUAAUCGAAGUGGUGUUGAAUACCAUUGGUACUGAGUUGGAAAAAGGAAUAGAAAUAAAGAAGGCGGAUCUCGGAAAGGAGAUCAUCGAGUUGGCUGACCUUCAUGCAUUGGAUAAGGAUUCAUGUAUAAAGGGAAGCAUGAGUUUAAGAAUUAUCUGUGAAAUGAUAUUGAUGGUUGGGAACAAAUUGCCGUGCAAGUGGAGGAAUAUUCAUGGAGCUUGGGCUAUUCAUGUCUGCAAAAGCAAUGGCAUAACCAACUCUAAAGUUGUGAAAAGCUUUGUUAUGCUUGCUUUCUCUUUAAGCUCGCCUCCAAACGAUUUGAUAUUAGCUCAAGACAUGGCCGUGGAGCUGUUAAAAGUCACUGGAUCAGAGAUGGUUGCCCCCAUAGAGAAGUUUGAAUCAUCCCUCAUAAACCAUUCCACAAGUACUGCGAUAAGUUCUUGUAUGCUGCAGUUGAUUGAAGCAAUGAUUGUUGAUAUGGAUUGGGCGACAAAAAAGCUGAAGAAUUUCUCCUGGGUGGCUGGGUCAAAAAAAUGCGCUCAACUUAAUGAAAAUGGGGAAAAUUCUCCUGGAUUAGCAUUUGAGGAAAAUCUUUACUCAAUGGCUGAAGAGGUGAUGAAAGUAUUAUCAUUCUUUGUUCUGAUGACUAUCAAGGACACUCAAGCAGAGCACUUGCUCAAAUUGGUUGCAAGGUUUUACAAGCAUUUGGCUCAGAUGUCAAAGCUAAGAAUCGCUCCUAAAGGUUGCAAGCAGCUUCUUCCUAGCCUUAAAUUUCAGAAGCUUGUGACCUGCAAGCAGCUCACGGUUCCUCUAUAUAACUUUGUGAUGCUAGUGCAAAAGCUAUUACAACAAGAAAAUGCUAAUGAUAGUAAAGUGGUCAUUAAAAAAAUUAAGAGGGAGAACAGUUGCAUCCCGGAUCUGAUCUUUCAAAUAGAAGAUUGCGAAAAGUAUCUCAUCCAGCUUAGCAUAUCAAAUAUGGUGAGCAAAGUCAAUUUAUUGAGGCAUGCUAAACGCAGCACUUCUCGGGAUUUCAAAAUUUUAGACCCCAUGAAGAUAGCCGGGGAAGAAGAUGCUCCAAACCAUGAAUCAAACCAUAGUGAUCCUACUGCAGUUGAAAAUGAAUCAUGUGAGGAUUCUGAAGGCAAUGAAGGAAGUGGGUCGGAGAAGAUAUUAUCACCUGAAUCUGGUAGUCGUUUGGCUGCAGAGGAUUCUGGGUCUGAUGGGGGAGAUGAAAAUGCUCUUCCCAAUGCCAAAAGGGUGAAGACGGGUAGAGUAGUGCGGGACUCUGACGAUGAAGCAUAG